AUGGCAUUUAAAUUCGUCACUUUGUUCGCUGCUCUCGUAGCUGUUGCCAACGCCGGUGUUGUCCCAGCCACCCCAUUGGCCGCCGUUGCCAAGUUCGAGGAAUACGACCCCCAUCCCCAAUACUCGUACGGUUAUGAUGUUAAGGAUGCCAUCUCUGGUGACUCCAAGACCGCCGUGGAGACCCGUGAUGGUGGUUUCGUUCAAGGUCAAUACUCUUUGAAUGAUGCUGAUGGUUACAGACGCAUUGUUGACUACACUUCCGACCCUAUCAACGGUUUCAAUGCUGUUGUCCGUCGUGAACCUUUGGUAGCUGCUGUUGCCGCUGCUCCUGCUCCAGUUGUUAAGGCUGCCGUUGCUGCUCCCUUCACCUACGCCGCUGGCGCCCCUAUCGUCAAGGCUGCCUACGCUACCGCUCCUUUCACCUAUGCUGCCCCAGCUGCCUAUGCCGCCGCACCCGUAGUUAAGACUGUUGCCCCAGCUACCUUCGGUUAUGCUGCUCCAGCUGCUUAUGCCGCGGCCCCAGUAGUCAAGACUGUUGCCCCAGCUACCUUCGGUUAUGCUGCCCCAGCUGCUUAUGCCGCUGCUCCUGUCGUUAAGGCUGCCGUCUCUGCUCCCGUUGUUGCUGGCCCAGCUGUUGUGAAGACUAGCUUCGCAUCUCCUCUUAUCUCUUAUGCUUAUUAGAUAA